UUCCGGAAGGAGACGGUGUGUGUGACGUAACAGCAGGAGAAGUCUGCUAUGUUUUGUUUUUUUUGAACACUGAUGAGCCUCACGUGGACGCGGGACCGAUGGAGCAGUCUACGUCCCGGACGGGUUGAUGCGGCACCGGGGCGCCCUCGGUGUGUUCUUCCUGGCAGAAGAAUGCCUUCUUGAAGUAUGAUGCAGAGACGUGGGAUCCUUCAGCAAUGGGUUCAUGGCCUCUAUGAAGACUCGUCAAGGCAUGGUGAUCCUGAAGGAAGGGGCGACUGCCCCCGCUGCAGCUCCAGCAGCUGAUCACUCGCCUGCCGGCCUCGUGACUUUGAGAACAGGAAAGUUCCAAAACGUCCCGGCUGUUCAGGGCAUCUCUGUGUCCAUUGGCGAAAAAAAGAUUACCAAGAAAGUCAAGAUGCUCCCCGCUAAGGAGGCCGCGGUGAAGAUGGGCGAACUGAAGCAUCCCAGCAGCCUAAACGUUCCUUCUGGCUUCAUUCCACCUGACUGUAUCUGCAAAGGUGUCAAAGUGACGCUAGACAACAACAGCAUGUGGAACGAGUUCUUUAAAUGCAGGACGGAGAUGAUUCUGACCAAACAAGGCAGCAGAAUGUUCCCGUAUCUCCGCUUCCACAUCUCUGGCCUGCAGCCGUCCAGGAAGUACUCUCUGAUGAUGGACAUUGAGCCUUUGGAAAACAGUCAGUACAAGUGGACGGGUGAGAGCUGGCAAGUCUGCAAAAAAACCGAGUGCUAUGUAAAGAGCAAACCUUUUGUUCACCCAGAUUCCCCAGCAACAGGUCAACACUGGAUGCAGAGUCCAGUUUCCUUUUACAAACUGAAACUCACUAACGACGUCUCGGAGCAGGAGGGGAACAUCUUCCUUCGUCCAUUGCAGCGGUAUUUACCGCAGCUCCACCUGGUCCCUGCAGACCGCGCUGGAGAAGACCUCAGGCUGAACGCUCCCAAUGUCCUCACGUUCACUUUCCCCCAGACUGAAUUUAUGACCGUCACCUCCUACCAAAACCCCCAGUUUACUCAGCUGAAGGUUAACUACAACCCAUUUGUGAAGAAACUGAAGGAGGACAAGGUCAACUCAUGCGGCCUAAAACUGACGGGCACCUCGAGCAAAGACUUGAAUGGUAACGAAGGCAAGGCGAACUCUGAGCUGCAUCCUAUGAAGAAGAACUUAAAGGUAUUACUAGCAAACCAUAAGCUGCGACAAAAAGCAUCAGACUCCAAAGUUUCAGCACCAAAAGAGCCGCGGGAGGAAUCUAGGAGCAGCGCUGCCGGCGUUCCGGAGGAAUGUCCGAGAAGUUCACGCCCAGCGCCCAAAUUAAUUUCUGAGCUCAUCUGCGAGGCUCAUGUUUCCCUGCAGAGGUGUAGGGUGGAGCAAAGCGGCAGCGGCAGCUUCUCCUGUGGAGCAGCGCCAGGUAACACUACUUCGACCACAAUGACUGACAGGAACAGGAGCGUCGUUCACAGGAACAACGGAUCUGUCACUACAUCCGGGAGGAAAAUGGCAGCUGCUGAAACAGCUGGAAAGGUUAAAAGUGACGAGCGUCUUUCUAGCUCAUGUGACAGGACAGCGGCUGCUCCUCCAUUAGAGCCGCUUCCCUCGAACAAACCGGACCACCAGCGUGAUGCAGGCGCCUCUUCGGACGCUGAGAAGCAACAGAAACGGCCGACUCGGCUGCCCCUGCCAGCACUCGCACUUUUUUUAAAGCAGCAUUCAGCAAAGUCUAAGAAGGCGAAGAACAAAGCGGACUCUGUCCCCCGGACGUCUCAGCCGGAGUCCUCUGCCACGUCUCAACAGAGAGACAUCAUGGAGGUCAGCAGAGAGGACAUUCUGCCAGAGGAGAGGGGUUUAGAUGGUCCAGGUGGGACUCCUCCCCACCCCUCCACUCCAGACAUGCUCCCUGGUUCAGAUCCCUUGGUCUCCCCUUCUGAAAGUUUAAGCUUAGGGCCCCCUGAUCCUAACGAAGGGCCAAUGAUGUCCAACCCUGAGAAAAGCCGUGGCCCCGUUCAGGCGUCCGCACCGGCUGUGUCAGCAUGUUCUACCUCUGCAUCAUCGGACCUGUCCUUACCUAUCAGUACUACUCUGUCUCUCCCAGACUCCCCCAGAGCAGCAGGAGAGCCUUCAACACUACCUUCAAGCUCUCGCUCCGUUAAGCUUGACUCUGUCCUUCCAGACCCUCAGUGUUCCUCCUUUGACUUUGACCCUCUGUCCCCUGCCAGCUCUGCAGAAUCUUUACCUCCUCUCCCAGCCUCCUUAGCUUUAGAGCUGGACUCUUCGUCGUCUGCUGAAGAAGAACCUUCCAGCAGGAACUCCUCUGUCUUCAAAUGGCACACAGUAUUACCUCUGUCUGAGGCGUAUUCACGCUCUCCUUUCCCAGCUUUGGAGCCCCCUCAGCAGUCCACUCCGUUAAUGUCUGUCUCCCCUCCUCUGUUUUCCUGCCUUCCGGAGACACAGAGCCAAACUCCUUCACCGUCGAACCCUCCUAAAGAGCCCCUCCCAUCGUUUUCAGAGGGCGAACAGUCUCUGCCUUUCCCUGCAGAGCUCUCCCCCCUCGCCCUACAGCUCUCCCUUUCGCCGACCUUCUCCUCUUUGGACGAGGACGGCUUGUCCCCUACGACUUCCCUCUCAGAUUUGGUGCACUUUUUCUCCACCGACGAUGACAUGGGAGUGGAGUUUUCCAACCCUGAGGCGGUGGCCGCUCCCGUUCAGGCUCCGCCAGCGUCAGAACCGCCACAGCCCUCUGCGCCGGUGCAGGCGGCCUCCUGCAGCAGGUCCUGCAAGAGGAAGAAGUCGUCCAGGACAACCCAGCUGGACCGGUUGGAGGUGGGUGAGGAUGAGGACGACUACAGAAGCAAGCAGCCCAAGGUGGAGGAAGUGGAGGAGCAGCUUUUUAUCUCGUUCACCUCUAAGGAGGCCCUUAAGCUGCACACUGCUGAGUCAUCUGAAGAGCAGCUACCCAACUCUCCGCCGGUCCCAGAGCCCCCACCUGCUGAAGAACCGGAGCUGCGCAGCACAGCAGGGAGUCUGGAGGAGAGGAUUGCGGUCUGUGAGGAGACGAUUCUCAGAGACCUGAAGCUGAUGAAACACAGGCAGGUCAUCCACCCUGUGCUGCAGGAAGUUGGACUGAAGAUGACCCUCCUGGAUCCAGCUCUGUCCAUCGACCUGCAGUACCUGGGAGUCCGUCUUCCCAUCCCACCCCCAGGAGCGAUGGAGCCGCAAACGCAGACGGAGCCGACUCCUCAGGGGAUCUUUGCUUCAUUUCAGUCCAGAACAGGAAAAACCACUGACGUGACCCAGAUUAAAGGCUGGAAGGAGAAAUUCCCCCCGCCGGAGGCUGAAUCCCCUGCAGCUCCCAAACUUGAAGCUGCUGGGCCAGGUUCAGAUGUGCAGAAGAAGAACCUGUCUGCGUUCUGCAGCGACAUGCUGGACGAGUAUCUGGAGUCUGAGGGGAAGCUGAUCGACGAGCGAGCCUCCACCUUCUCCCAGCUGCCGGUGGAGGCACCGCCCUUCCAGCUCCCGCUCAGCGGCGCCAGCUACGUCCGGACCCUGGAUCACGUCCUGAAGAAGGCCACAGCUGGCACCCCCGCCUCAGACAUCAUAUCUGGGUUCAUCCCCCCAUCCAAGAGGUCCAGACUGAAGAAGAUCCCGAACUGCAGGAAGACGGCCAGGAAGCGGAGACGUCCCAGAUGGACUAGAUUCAGAGCAUCUCCUGCAACUCCUCAGCGGCCAGCAGCUGGACCAGUCCAGGAUGCUGGCCGGCCCACAGAACCUCAGAACCCACCCACUCCUAAAAAGAGGAGGCUUAAACCCAGAACCUCGUCUCGGACCCUGGGAGCUCCAGGGUUUACGCACGUGUCUGAGGACAUGGCUCCGCUGGAGUCCGACUCUGAGCUGAGGACAGACUCUGGGCCGAACCAACUGUCUGAUCGGACCGGGGAACCCGGUGGGAAAGAGAAAAGGGCCUCUGGGACCCGGGCCCUAGCCAGGCUGAAGGAGCUGGAGGACGGCGUGGCUUGGGAGGGCUCCUUUCAGACCAGCAUCACAGAGGAGAGGGCAACAAUCGCCCUGAUGUCCCUCUUCACCCAGACUAUGAGUUCUUCAUUCACUGCAGACCGGAUCAGAACCAUCCUGCCCUUAGCUAGGAAGGGUUUCGUGAGAGAAGACCCCACGGCUUCCAUCCGGCUGAAGCAGAGGCCGGCUCUGCAGUGCCUGAAUGAGUUCUGCAGGCUGGGCUGCGUCUGCCUCAGUCUGUCUCACUGCUUCAGAGCCAGCCACUGCGGCCGCCCUGCCUGCAUGCUGGGCUGCAGCUGCCUCAAGCAGAAGGUGGUAAUCCUCAGGAACAUGGACAGCUCUGCGUCUGACUCCGCCUCCUCGCCUUCUAAAACCAAGAAGAAGAAGAACAGCAAGAGGGUGAUAAUGAAGAUGGCGUACGUCUUGAAGGAGGCCGACACGGCUGCUAGUCCUGCGGAGCAGAUCCGGACCCUGUGGAGGAGGAAUGCCCACGGCCCCGAUUCAGAGCCCGUCCACAUGCCUGAUGUGGCCCCCGUCCUGCGUCCAGUUGUGAGAAGGAAGCGUCCCAGCAGCUGUGCCAGAGUCCGAGGCUUCUUGGGAAGGAAGCAGAAGGAGGGAUCCAGGAAGCUGACAUUAAUCAGGCAUGAAGCUCCUAAACUCCCCAGACAUGGACAGCGGAGCAGCACUGAUGUGGACCCCCCCAGACCCUGUUCUGACGCAGACCCGGCACCUGGCUCUGACCCCCCCAGCCCGUCAGAGGAGCGGCACCCCAAACCCUCGAAGCGUCUCCUCAUAGUGGCUGACUGCAAGUGGGGGGGCGACUCUGAGCGCAGCUACGUGUUGAAGAAGCUAUGUGAGGCCAUGGCUCUGGACAACCUGGACAGACCUUUCUGGAUCAGAAAGUACCUCAUCACUCCAGUCGAUCAGACGGUGGAUGACAGCAGUGGGAACCGGUGCAUCCAGUACAAGGUCCACAUCUCCACCCCCUUAGUGAAGGAAAAAGCUCCGCCCACAGGAAAUCCAGGCUCACAUGGAGGAGAGCAGGCAGUCAGAGCAGCAGCUGAACAUGGACUGGAGGGCAGCGAUGGGAGCACUGGUUCUGAUCCGGACAAGAAAUCAGGAUUUCCCCAGAAGAAUGAGGAGCCUCCUGCAGACAGGAAUACUAAUCAGACUUUGACUGAGACUGUGGAGGACUGGCAGUGGGAGGUGACGGAGGAGGAGGAGAUCCCAAUGGAAGAAGAAGAGGGACCCAUGGAAGAUUGGCAGGAGGAAAUAACGGAAGAUGACUUACUGGAGGAUGCAGGAGACUGCAGAUGUUCCCCGAUUAGAGAGGAGCUAAGAACUGAAGGCACAGCAGAAUUAAACCAAGUAAAGGAGGUGGAAUCAGCGGUGCCUUUACUGACCAGAGUUCCUCCCAAUGGCUUCCUGUCGGCCAAAAAGAAACAGCCAGGAGGAUCAGAUGAAGUGAUACAGGUGAACGGGAAGCCGUACCCUUUUGCAAAGAUCCAGCUGGGCAGGAUGGGGGCGCUCCAUCCAGCCAAUCGGCUGGCAGCUUAUCUAACGGGUCGGGUCAGGUCUCAGACGCAGCGACAACCUUCAUCACAGUCCUGCAGACCUCAGAGUACCCCCUCAGUGACCUCUUCCACUGUCUGUGCGCCACCUGCUCCCACAGCCAGGAUCCAAACGCAGCCCACCGCGAGCAGCCCCUCUGCAGACUCUGAGCCCAAACAGCUGGUUGUUGGACCUUCAGCUCCUUCUCUGAACCCGGCUCCUCCCAAAGACCCUCAGCCGUUGUCGGUUCCAGGUCCUCCUAAUGUGCUUCACUUGCUGGCUCCUCUGCCUCCAUGCAUUCAGUUACAAGGCCCAAAGAAGGGAGCUUCAGAGCCGAUCCAGCCAUCAUCAGGGAUCCGGUACUAUCGUAGGCCUGAUGGAUCAUUGGUCCAACUGAUUCCCAUCAACCAGCUGAGACCAGUUAAUCCAGCAUCGACCAUUCAGGGAGACUCUGAGCCCAAACAGCUGGUUGUUGGACCUUCAGCUCCUUCUCUGAACCCGGCUCCUCCCAAAGACCCUCGGCCGUUGUUGGUUCCGGGUCCUCCUAAUGUGCUUCACUUGCUGGCUCCUCUGCCUCCAUGCAUUCGGUUACCAGGCCCAAAGGUGGUUCCAGAGCCGGCCCAGCCGUCAUCAGGGAUCCGGUACUAUCGCAAGCCUGAUGGAUCAUUGGUCCAACUGAUUCCCAUCAACAGAUCAACCAUUCAGGGAGUCCGCCCUGCUUCCCGUCUUCAGCUGCCUCCUGGAUCCAUACUGAAUCGUCCUCCUUUGACUGCCCUAUCCUCCUCUUCAUCCUCAUCAUCCUCUGUACUCUUGCCUUCACCGUCUUUUGAACCCUCAUCUUCCUCAGAGUCCCCCCGGCCCGCCCCAUCUGUUUCUUGGUCUCAGCAGAGCUCCUUUCCUUCUAAAGUUGUCCCGGCCAACCGUCUCCAGGACCCCAUCAUUCUCCAGCUCCCUUUCCUGCCCCCCACUAAACCAGUGGCUCCUGAAGGUGGCCAGGGCCAGACCCCUCGAGUUGUCCCAGUGCAGUCCCCGGUGUAUCAGCAGGCUGACAUGGUGGACCGAUCAGACAUGGUAGCUGAGGACAUGACCGUCCAAAAGCAAGGUGUUUCAGACCAGCUGAGCAUCCAUACACCUGCCGAGUGCGCUCGUACCCGGGGGGACCCACGCCCCCUCCAACCAAGGCCCAUGCCUGAUGGCUACAGCUCUGAGCAGGACUGUGUGUCUGACCCAGAAGACUUGGACAUUGUGUGUGUCGAACAGAUGGAAGUGGUGGAUCUCUUGUCCAGCAGCGAGACGGAUAACUCUUCAGACUUCGGAGACUCUGAGGCUGAAGACGAGAGGGGGCCGGCUGCAGAUAAACAGUGCAUGAAGCUGGUCCAGCAGCCAGGGAGCGUUGAUGCAGACCUGAACAAGGAGAAGAACUCCCUGCAGAAGUGUGAGCAGGAAGAUCAGCCCAUUCCUGGCCCAUCAGAAGAUGGCAUCUUUAUGAUCCCCACCAGUUAUGGGAGAAUCCUCUGUGGACUGAUGAGAGAACAGUUGGGCGGUGUCAAAGCGGACCAGGCUGCCACUGCAAGGAAAGAGGGAAAGGAUGGGAUCUACGUCUCAUCUGAGGACGGUUUAAGCAGGAUAACUGCUGUUGAUGACGCUGCUGCAGCGUUUGAGCUCCCAGAUGUUGGCCAGCAGAGAAAAAGUCCUCAGAAGGACCAGGAGAGGAAGAACAGCAGUUCAAGAGAGGACUUGGAGCUGGAAGAUGGAAGCCCCGUGGUCAACUCCACAAAACCUCAGACCCGUUGUCUUAGAACUACUCAUGACAAAGGGCUUCACAACCUGAGAGAGAGACUCUCUCGAGCCCAGAUACGGCAAAUGUUCCUUAAUUUAAGGAAGCAGGUGCAUCCAAGCAGUUACAGAAUGUCUAAAGCCUCCAUUCUGAAAAAGGCCCAGGAGGUGAUCCAGCAGUUGAACAGAGACGAGGAAAAGCUGAAGAGGAAAAAGGAGCGCAUGCUGAAGAAGCGGGAUAAAUACCUGUCCCUUCUGGUUCCAUCAGAAGCGGACCAGACCGGCACCGCCGCCGUGAAGGAGGAGAAGGACCUGAUCUACAUCUCAUCUGAAGAGGACGGUUUAAACAGGAUGACUGUUGCUGAUGACGCUGCUGCAGCUGUUGAGCUCCCAGAUGUUGACCAGAGGAGGAGCAGUCCGCAGCAGGACCAGGUGAAGACGAGCAGCAGUUCAGGAGAGGACUUGGAACUGGAAGAUGGUAGCCCCGUGGUGAACCCUGGGAGGACGGCGCUGCUCGGUCAGGUUCCUCAGGAGGUCCAGAAGCUUCCAUCAGAGGCGGAGAGUCUGCGGUUCUCCCAGAGCGUCUCCAAACAAGAAGAUGGAGGCAUCCAGGACGUCUGCAGCACAUCGGAGACGGAGGAGAAGCAGCAAACGGCCAGUCGGGUUCCAGCUGAGGCAGCCCGUCGUGUCGCCCAGUCAGAAACCCGACGGACGCCUCCCUGUCAGGGUUCAGGUCAGCCUGCCUUUGUCCAUCUGCAGCCCACCGUCCCCCUGUCCGACUCUGAGCCUCCUCUGCCUGGAUUCUCUGAAGUGAAGAAGCGGACCAGAACCAUUCCCAACAUUCUGUCCCGGAGCCGCCGCCAAGCUGCGUCCCUGAAGGCAGAAGAACUGAAGUCAGACCCUGUGCCCGUUGCCGUUCAUCCAGAAAGUACACAGCAUCGCUGCCCGGAGCAGCAGCCGCCGCUUUCUGCAGCUGCAGCCACGGUUCCUCUGAUCCCCACGGAAUGCAGCCGGGCCACCGUCCAGAACCUGGGUGCAGCUGGGCCCCUCGGUCCCAACACCUCUCAGAGCUCUGCUCCGACCACGCAUGGACCAUCUGCUGGGCCAAAACCCAGAUCCGAUUCGGACAACCAAAGCCUGUCAUCCCUUCUCAGCGAAAUUGUUUUUCUCAACCAGCAGACUGUUACCACGGUAACGCCAGCAGACCAGGGCAGCCCACAGGUUAACCCCGGUGGUUCCGAGGAACGGAGACGGGCUGCCCCUCGGCCAGAGGCUCCCUGCGAAGGUGUCCUGACCCCGCCCCCUCUGUUGCACAUGAAGGUGGGAGCGGCCAAGGCAGAAGGACUCAGCACAAAUGACGGCUCUUCGGUCGGAGGGGGCGUGGCCUGGAGGCCGAUGCCGAGGCUAGUUCCACUGGGCCUGAGAGGAAACUCGCCCAGCUGAGUCGAAGCGCAGCCGAGCUGGACGCUCCAGAACUGCAGAUCCCUCCGAUCCACUGGAGGCUCAACAACGAUUCCUUCCUCUAUUAUAUCAGACCGCAAACUGGACCGGAGC